AUGAAGGCCACUUUCUUCCUCACUGUUGCUGCUGUUUUCGUCGCCGCUGCCUCCGCUCAAGCAGGCCCCGGUCAACAAGAAUCUCACCAUCAUCACGGUGGACAGCACCCGGCUAUUAUUCAAGAAGCUGGUGGUGUUGGCAUUGAAGGUCGUGUCAGCGGUCUUUUGAACAAUCUCCUCAAAGGUGGUCUUUUGGCUGACGCCAGCCAGGGUCACCAUGUCGGCCAGGAUGCCUUUUAA